GACGUAUUUCUGAUUAUGAGACUGAAAAAGUUGAUAAUCCAAUUGGUGUUAAUGGUUCUAAUGUGCUAUUUCCGACUGCAGUUGCAAAACUUGAAGUUGCAAAACUUCCACCUCACGUAUUUAGAAGGUUCAUUCUUGUAAAAGUUGAAGACGUUACGAGAUAUGAUGCUGAAAUUCCUGUGAAAAAGUUUACUUUUCAAAUCAUUCAUCCAUUUGAUAAAUUACCAAAAAUUUUACCUGGUGAUUAUAUUGAAGUUAUGAGCUAUACAAACAAGUCUACUAUUGUUCGACAAUAUACUGCACUUAAAGGACCUUCUGAAAAUACCUUUUCAAUCAUUGUAAAAAUUUAUAAAGAUGGUGUUAUGUCUCAACAUUUGCAUAAACAACUUAUAAAUUUCGAGGUUGCUGUUCGAGGACCAUUUGAUGUUUCUGAUCGAAUUAUACCAACUUCAUCUAUCAUUCCUAAUUUUGAACCAUCAGGAUUACGAUAUAGACCUUCUACUCGUCAUGGUACCCUUUCAGUUGUUAGCAGUAAAUUUAAACCACCAAUAACUGAUGAUUCUAGUGAAGAUGAAUCCCCAGCUUCAUCAAGAAUUUUAAUGAAUCAUAAAAGAGAUGACAAGUGUUGGGACCGUCUAUUUCUUAUCUGUGGAGGUUCAGGCAUAACACCGGGGCUUCAAUUGGUAGAAAAUAGUGAUAACAAAUUUACAGUAGAUUUUAUUUUAUCAAAAGCACCACCGGCAUGGAAUGGUUAUGUAGGACACCUAGAUGAUAGAUUAAUAUACUAUUGGAUGCGUCAACGUUAUAAAAUUGAUUUACCACCAAAAAUUCCAGAAAGACCAAAUAUUACACAAUCACGUACUUCUAAUCGUAAUAAUGAAACAGAUGAAAUUUAUUUUGAAGAUACUUCUGCAAUUCAUUCUGAUGAAGAUAAUGAUACUUCUUCAACUGCCAGAGGUCAUUCUAUUAUUUCAAAUAGAACAUUAACUUCACGUCCACCAACAAGUGUUUUGUUAAUGAUGAAUGAAAUACAAGAAUAUAUGGAUCUUUUAUUAAAAGAUGAUUCACAAGAAAUAAGAGUCAUGGUUUGUGGACCUCCAGCUAUGAUGGAUAGUAUCAGAAUAAACUUAGGAAAAUUAGGAUUCCCUGAUGAAAAAGCCUAA